AUGGCCGAAAAGAAGGAUGACACAAUCGUGGGGGGCUACGCCGAGCCUAUCGUCACACCCCACCUCGACUCAACUGGGUACACUGGUACACGGCAUGCCUCAGGCCUCCAGCGGGAUCUCAAAUCCCGGCACAUGGCGAUGAUCUCUAUCGGAGGUGUCUUGGGAACUGGACUAUUUUUGUACACCGGAGAUGCGUUGGUCAACGGAGGUCCUCUUGGCUUAUUGUUGGGAUUCAUAUUCAUGGGUUCGGUUUGUUACUCGGUCAUGAUUUGUCUUGGUGAAAUGGUAGCAUUCUUACCUCUACCUGGAGGACCAAUUGCCUUAGCCGCUCGAUACGUCGAUGAGUCGCUGUCGUUCACCAUGGGCUGGUUCUACUGGUACACCUGGACGAUCUUCUUUCCGUCAGAACUAUCAGCUCUCGCAGUGCUCGUCAACCUCUGGGAGACUUCCAUUAACAAUGCCCUCUGGAUAUCCAUCUUCCUCAUCGUAGCUGUUGGGAUCAACAUGCUCGGUGCUGGAGCAUACGGUGAAACUGAGUUCUGGUUGGCAACGAUCAAAAUUAUCAUGAUCACAGGACUGAUCAUCCUGGGAGUCGUUAUCUCGGCAGGUGGUGGACCGAGUCAUGACAAGAUUGGAUUCAGAUACUGGAGGAACCCGGGGCCAUUCGUUCAGUACAUGGAUAUCCCCGGUUCAUUGGGUCGAUUCCUCGGCUUCUGGGCAGUCCUCACGCAAGCCGCGUUCGCCUAUGUAGGGUCUGAAAUAGUUGCUAUCGCUGCCGGAGAAGCCAAAGAUCCUCGUCGCAACAUCCCUCGAGCGAUCCGAAACGUAUACAUCAGGAUCAUCCUCUUCUACCUUGGUGGAACAUUCGUCAUCGGCCUCACUGUCCCCUCCAAUGAUCCACGUCUCGCACUCAAUGCCGGAACAGCACUCGCUUCACCGUUCGUCGUAGCAAUCCAAACAGCUGGAAUCAAGGUCUUGCCAUCGAUCAUCAAUGCGGGUUUGAUCACCUCUGGUCUAUCAGGCGCAUCAUCGGAACUCUAUACUUCUUCGCGAGCUUUACAUGGACUUGCAGUAAACGGCCACGCUCCUGCGUUCUUCGCUCGUGUCACCUCACGAGGAGUCCCCGUCAUUGCCAUUGCGACUUGCGCUAUCUUCGGCGCUCUUGCUUAUAUGUCCCUUGGAUCCAGUGCUGGUGUUGCCUUUGGAUAUUUCGCUGCCUUGGGUUCGGCUGGAGGUUUGCUCAUGUGGUGGGCGAUCUGCUUCACUCAUAUGCGAUGGGAAAGCGGCGCCAGAGCGCAAGGCAUCGAUCGAUCAAGUCUACCUUAUCACAACCCGCUGAACAAGUAUGGUAUCGCAGGGAAGUAUGCAAUGUUCUUCAUAUCGCUGGUGCUCUUCUUCUCCGGAUGGUCGGUCUUUUACACUGAUUCCUGGGAUACGGGUACAUUCUGUACCAGCUACCUUCCGAUCAUCCUCUUUCCCUGCGUGUACAUUGGUCAUAAACUGCUGCGAAAGACUAGCCUAAUUCGGCCUGAGGAGAUGGAUUUCAACGUGGUCAUCGAGGAUAUAGAGUAA